GGCGUUUGGACGCGCAACCGGAACACAAAUCGUAGACGGAAUCGCGAUUCGGAAUCGGAGUUGAAAUCACCCACGCCGAAGAUAUAUACAGCUUCUUCUUGGGGCAGCUGCCGCCAAAAAACCAACAAAAAUAAUACGAAUAAAAUCAACACAAAACAAAAAACAGCAACGCGCGCUUUUCGAACCCAUCGAGCCUAACAUGUUCAACUGAGUCCCAACGAAACUUAGAAGAGGAAAGCAACCUAGGAGAACGAAACCCCGCCGAAAAGGUGGCUUAAUUACUGAGAUUAUAUAGAUAGUUUAUAGAGGAAAAAUGGGUUUCAUAGCCGAACGCAAGCCGCGGGUCAACAAGACGUUGAUAUCGCUCAAGUUUGUGGUGUUUUUUGUCAUUAGCGGUCUGGCUGCCUUGCAUGUUCUUCAUGCCACCAAGCCCCUGCUGCUGGGUCUCAACUUCUCGGAAUACCGUACCAUCACCAUCUUGGCGCCCUUCGUGUCCAUUUUGGGUCCUUUGAUUGCAGGUCCUUGGGCAGAUAGGCUAGCGGCCAGGAAUCCCAACACCUUUGGACGCACCCUGCGUGUGCUGACGGCUGUCUUCCUGCUGAUCUCCGCCUUCAUCUAUGCCUUUCUGUUCGCCAUUCCGGAUGUCAGUCGCUCGGAAUCGCACGAACCGCUGGUUAGCUUUGGCUGCGACGAGACUGGAGGCUUCCUGUUCCAAGAGAAGUGCGGCGUGAAUGCCAGUUGCAGCCGCUGGGAGCAGAAGGAGGGCAGCAUCAACCUGACCCGCUGCACCUACAGUUGCCAGAACCCCAAGCUGUAUGAGCCUCUGUAUGUGGCCUGGCUGGCCGAGGAGCCGACUCUGGCUCCUUCAACGGAGCAGAGUUCGGAGUUUGACUACGAUGAUGAGGCCACCAGUGCUGUGACGGAGAGCCUGCGCACGCGUCGGGAUCUGGAGAGCUCCGAUCCGGCGGAUAGUGCUGGCGUGGAGGCCCUGAGUGCUGAGGCUCUGGUACAUCGUACGGUGCGUCAGGUAAAGACCGCUCCCAAGAAGGUCUAUGUCCAGCCACCGCAUGUCUGCCUCACCCAGAAGAAUGAGGAGGGUCAGGAUAUAGUGAAGCACUGCCAUGCCUACACCGAGGACACCACCAGCGUGGUAAUUGACGCGCUCAUGGGUUCGGCCAUUAGCCAGGAGAAGAAGGAUGAUGACUAUGAUGGCUGGUGCCAGUAUCCCUUGGAGGGCUUCCAGUGCAACAUACCCGCUGAGCAGGCCAGGUACAUGAAGGACCUGAAGAAGGUCAAGGAUAACAGUGAUAACUGCAAGCCCAUGAUCGAAUGCCAGGUGGUGAAUCCCUAUCAUGAGAAGAGCGUGCUCUCGGACAGCGAAUGUACCAAUACCACUGGCAGUGUCCAGGACACCCUUGUGGGCUACACUACCAUCCGCCUGCUGGGCGAUAUCUUUCCCAUGGCUGCCCUGACCCUCCUGAACACCGCCAUUGUCAUAGCCGUGCGUGAGACCUCCGAGGGCAGGGGCGAAGUGUGCCGUCAGUAUGUCUGGGGUGCCAUUGGCUAUGUGGUGCUCUUCUCGCCGCUGGACCUGUUCUUCUUCCAGAACGAACCCAAUCAGGAUGCUGCCUUGGCCGCUUUGAUCAUCUUCAUUGUGUGCUUUGUGCUGGGAGCGAUUGUCUUGCUCUGCGCCUCCCAAAUGCCUUUGAGUCCGCCGGAAUGGUGGUGGCACACAAAGACCGGCAUGCUGGUGGUGCCCAUGUCCGCAAUUCGUCGCUACAGUCCCGAGAUCUGCAUUUUGACCUUAAUCUCCAUCUUAUUUGGAACCUUCUGGAGCAGCAUCCACAGCUACCUAAGGUGGACCUUCACCGAUGCAAAUGCCGUGUGCUACUCGGGUCUGAUCCUGAUCCUGGUUCUGUUCUUCAAUGUGGACAAGUUUAUUGAGUAUUGCGGACACUCGAACAUCUUCAUUGGUGGCCUGGCCAUCUUUGUCAUUAGAUUUACGGCCCUGAGUGAUGUGGAUUGCCAAUGGCUUACCGUCGUAAUGGAAGUGAUUGAGCCUGCGGUGAUUGGUCUGCUCUGGAUUACGAUUAUUCUGUACAUGCGUCAUGCCAUGCCCAGGAAGCUUACAGCCACGGGACAGGCCAUCGCUGUCUUGGCCUUCUUUGGAUUGGGUAAGGGCUUCGGUGCUCUUAUUGGCCUGGCUCGCGAUGAGAAGAACCCCAAGCUGGAGUACUGGUCCUGCUGCUACCAAUGGCUGGCCAUUGUGGCCCUAAUCGUGGCUCUGGUCUACUUCGGGGUCUACAACCUGAUCCUCGCGCCUCGCUGCACUGCCAAACCCCAGCAUUCCGAGGAGUUGCUUUCCGGCUCUGCUUCGCAGAACUUUGGCGGAGCCAGUGGCACGGGCACAGGAACCGGAAAUGGCGCAGGCAAUGGCCAGGGCACCGGAAAUGGUGCUGGAGCGUCGCUGAAUGGCAACGGCAAUGGUAGCUACUCACCCCUGAGGGUCUACCACAACGAGAGGGGGAAGAAGGGACAGUUUAGAUACUAAGAAGUAAAUACUUUUAACAAGGAUCGCUAAUGCUCCCCCGCCUCUCUCUCUCUCUCAAAAGUCAGAGUGCGAAUGAUAUUCUUAGGUUUUUAAUGUGUACACCACGCCUACUCCUACUUAUUCGCCGAUCCCCCCUCCCCGCCCGAUCCGAGGGCAACACUGCUAAUAGUUUGUAAUGCAUAUUUUUGCUAAGUGUAUACACCAGGAGGAAGAGCAGAAAACAAAACGAAAAAAAAGAAACAGAAUCAGAAAUGUAACUUUUUUAUA